CUUCAGAGCGUAUAUAGCCAAGUGGCCAGUGGCGCCGCCCAUCCCAUUGAACAGUUGGCCUCCGCCUUCGAGUCAGUUGACACACAUGCAUCAAACUAUGUCUCAGAGUUUGUCACCGAACUCGUCCUCCGCGUACUCGACAACCAGCCACGCCUCCCAGCCAGCCUUAAGCGACGUGCAUUAGAGCGACUCAAAGGGUACCACAACACACUUAACCAUUGCUAUUUACUAUUUUAA